AUGCUUCUUCUCUUUGUCCUCUGUAUCCUAUGUACUGCUCAGGCAGUGUCUUUUCAUAAUGUCUCGAUACCGAACAAUGCUUCGCAGAUUGUGUACACACCCUUCUUCUGUGAUUUUACCGAGGGUGGUGGGGAUUGCAAGGGUGGAUGGCAAGCCGUUGACGUCGAUGGUACCACUGUAAUAUCAACCGACGGUCUAGAUGAGGAGGGGGCUGCGAUAAUACCUCAGAUGUUCUUGCAGAUCCAUGCCGCGGCAUUGUUCGUGACAACCUCAUCUCAAUCCAAUGCAACGAUCAACAUCACGGUUUCCGCUGGUAACACAUCGAUAGAGCAACAAUUUCAACCACCACUGUCCACUGUCACAGUCGUGAACCUCAUUGAAGACGAGGUCACGACUUUCAGCAUCACCUUUAUCAACGGGACCCGGCUGGAUGUCGGGACACUGACAGCGCAGGUCUCGGAUGGCUCUUCGGAAACUGUUCUACCGAUGCAGACAUUGCCUCCCGCAAUAAUUAUACCUUCAUCUACAACUAUACUGGCGACACCGACCGGCGUUGCGUCCGCUGGGGGCUCAGUAAACAACAGCAAGCGACUCGCGCUCGCUCUAGGGUUGACGCUGGGGCUUGGCCUUGGCCUUACAUUAGUAUCCAUUGCGGCGUACCUUGUCUGGGAAAGAUCGAAGACGAAGGACAAAGACUUGGAAAAGACCGAGACUCGGUCUAUAUUCCAGUUACUGCGGACUCACAAGCAGGGGGACAGUUCGUGGUUUUGA